GAUUGAAUCAGUGAGGAAUGGCUCUGUACUAAAACAAAUCAUUCCUUGUCAAUAGAUGAAGGACUAUAUAUAUCCAUUACUUUAUGAAGCAUAAAACUCUACAUCAUCAAUUAACAAGAAUUAAACCAUAGUGUAGUUAAUGCAAAGGGAUAAUAUUCUAUAUGUUGUUGAGGAAGAGCACAGUGGAGGUUCCGACAACAGAGAAGGAUACAAGCUCAGUUUUCAUACUGGGUCUUAUCCAACACAAAUGUUUAUUGAACUUCAAGAAUUGGUACCAAGGGUGGAUGGUGGAUUGCAGUUCAAUGAAUCUAUUUUUAAAAUGCCAGUUGCAGCUCAUUUUCGAGUUCUUUGGUUAGAAACAGCAAGAUGGGUGAAUUUUGAAGAAAAUUUUAAUGAAGUGGAACAACGUUUUACAGAAGCUCAUGUACCACCUAUGAAGUUUUCUUGUAUAAAUAGCUUCAGGGAUAAAUUACAACAGAAUUUGAAAAUUAUACAAACUGAUGCACUUACACUUGGUCAAGCCCUUGAUGAAGUGGCAAAAUAUGCUUUAUCACAAAACUGUAUUCAAGGAAAUGAACAAUAUGAUGUUUUACGUGCUAUUUUGUUUGCUGAACGUUGGCAUCCAGAAGUUAAAGGUCAUAUAUCUGAUGCGGCUGAAUUCGAUCAGUAUUGGGCAGGAACUUUACCGGAAGGUAUCAAUCCUCUUUCUCUAGGUAGUAGAGAACAAGGAGCAAGUUCACUUUCAAAAGCGCUUAGUAUUCACAAUGAAUGUCAACAUCCUUAUCAUCGAUAUAAUCAACCUUUAACUAAUUGCUUAUCCUCUGGUUCUGAAGCAUGUACUGUUAUUUGCGGUUUAAUUGAAUUUGUAAAAUCACCAAUUCUUGUACUGUUAAGAUUAAACAAAACUAUUCAACGUUCAUGUAUUUCGGAAGUCGAUAUUCCAGUACGCUUUAUAUUUAUUUAUGUUGGACCACAAAAUGAUGAAUUAAAUUAUGCUGAAUUGGCUCGUAUAUUUGCAGUAAUGAUGACUAAUGAUACAUUUCGGUUAUGCGUUUACGACUCAAUUUCAGUUGAUGAUAUUAUUAAAGGAAUUGAUAAUUUUAUGCAAGAUUCAUUUGUUAUGCCACUUUCACGUCAUUAUAAUGCUAAUGCUCUAGCUGGAAUGACACGUCAAAUUGAAGCAUAUAGAAAAGAAACAGUUUGUGAAAGAGAUGGUGAUCGACGACCAAAAGGUUCAUUUACAGUGAGAAAGUUGACUGAACAAUCACAAAACAAUUUAGUCAAUGGUUCAUAUGUUCCAUCUUCACUUAAUUUGAAACAACAAGCUGAUAAUAUCAUUAAACAAGAUAGUGAUAAACUACCUGUUCCAACAAAUGAAACUGAUACACCUAAAAUAUCUAAACGAAAAAUAUUUUUACGGGAUUUUUGUCCACCAUUUAUUGAAUUAUCACGUGGAAUUCGACCAUGGAUAAAACGAAUGCCAGGUGAUUAUAAAGAUGCAGUAAGAAAAGAGAAUUUUAGCAUUGUUUUUGGCAGUGUUCUAUUUAUCUACUUUGUCAAUCUUUCACCGUCUAUUACAUUUGCUGCAUUAUUAAAUACACAAGUUGAUCCUUCCUACACUGUGACGUUAACUCUUUUAGCAGUUGGAGUGUUUUUGAUUAUUUUCACUAUUUUAUCUGGCCAACCACUUGCAAUUAUUGGUAUCUCUGCUCCUAUGUACAUUGUUGAAUCUUCUUUAGUGUCGGUUUCAAGGAGUACAGGUGUCGAUUUUAAACAAUUAAGAUUUUGGAGUGCUUUUUAUUGUUCUAUAUUUGGUUUCAUAUUUGUCGGUUGUAAUAUGUCUGGGAUAGCCAAACAUAUAAGAAGAUCAGUAGAAGAAGUAUAUAAUUCAUUUAUUGGAUUUUUCUUUUUACUUAAAGCAUUAUUUACAAUGUUUUUAUUGAUUCCUGCUAAACCUGUGGAUAACACUCCAAUAUCUAGAAUGGCUUAUUAUCAAAAAUUAGCAGUAGCUGGAGUUACACUAUUUUUAGCAUUUAUAAUGCUCCAGUUCUGUUUAAUACUUGCUCAGUUAAAACGUGGGAAUUACUUUAGAAGGAAUAUUAGAAAACUUCUGGGUGCUUUAAAUGUCCCUCUUGGUAUGUUACUUAUUACUGGAUUGGAAAGAAUAUUCUUUAGAGGUUAUAAUUUACCUACUGUAAAUAUACCACCAUCAAAUCAAGUUAAUGCAUCGACAUGGGUUAAUCCACCAGACUUUGCACGUUUACAAGAUUAUAGUAAAGCUGCACCAACACUUAUUCAUGGAACUUCAAUAGCUAUUGGGGUGGCAUUGGCUAUUAUUAUAUUUACAGAAGCAGCUUUGAAUGGUUUAACAGCAAUGAAAAAUAAAGCUGUGAAACCGAAUAUUUUUGUUAUGGAUUUGGUAUUGUUACAAAUUAUUUUCCCUACGAUCAGUGGAAUAACUGGUUGGCCAUUUAUGUCUGGUACAACAGUUAGAACACUUAGCAAUCUUGUUGCCCUAGUCAAAAUGGAUCAAAGUCCUGCACCUGGUAUGCCUCACAAGAUUGUGGGAACAGUAGAGCAACGAGUUAGCGGUGUAUUUGUGGGAAUCCUUGUUGCGCUUUCAAUAUUCCUUGGAUCUAUAUUAAGCAACAUUCCAUUGGCUGCACUCUAUGGAAUGUUUUUAUACAUGGGCGUAAUGGGACUGAGAGAUUUAACAUUUGUUUUAAGGAUAUGCUCCUUAAUGAAACGUCGAAAACACUGGGAAGAUUGGGAAUGUGUUCGUGGUCUUCCUAGUAGGCAUAUACUAGUCUUCUCACUUAUUCAAGCUGCAGUUGUCUUGAUUCUAGUUUCACUGAAUAUAAUUUCUGAUUUUACAGUAGCCAACUAUGUUGGUCUUAUCUUUCCGAUCAUUAUUCUCAUCUAUGGCCUUAUUCGCGAAUUUGCAUUGCCUAAAUGGGAAUGGCUGGCGUUAUAUUUACAUCAACUUGAUCGUAAGUAUAAACUGCAUCCAAGUGUUAUGCGUAAACCACCAUCAACUGUACGUAAUUUAUCAACAAUACGUAAAGAAAGUGUUGGUAGUUUUGCAUCGGGUGGUUUAACUGUUACAUCACAAUUAAAAACUAAUAAUUUUAUUGAAUAUAUUCAUGAUCAUGAAACAGCUUCAUAUAGUGAUAUCAGUGAACAUGAAGACGGUGUAGUUCGUCGGACUUGGGCAACAUAAAUUCAAUAGAGACGUAUAAAAAUCAUAAAAAUCAAGAUCAAAUAUUACUUACAUAUUUUUCUACUGAUUAAUUAAUUCAUUCAUAUAUAUAUAUAUAUACAUAUUACUUCAAUUUUCUGUUAGUGUACAACAAUUGUGCAAUGUAACAAAUAAUAAUAAAAAAAACUAAUACUAUCCAUACCUCUACACUGAACUAUAAAAUUGAUUAUUCUUUUCACGUAUAUCUUCACUUAGUUUGUGUACUAUCAAAAUUUCGAUUGAUUUAACACAUUUCCUUUUCUUCUUGUCUAUCCAUUCUCUAAUUCUAUUCAUAUAUACAAUUUAAUGCGUUUGUUAAUUCAUGUAGGUAACUCUACUCUACAUAUCCUUUGAGUAAUAUGAUUCUAUAAAGCGGGAUUACGCCUAUCCUACAUGCCGUUGAUAUAUAUAUAUAUAUAUAUAUAUAUAUAUAUAUAUAUAUAAUCCCAUUCCACUGUAUCGCUUUUAGUUUUCACUCAGUUUUGUGUUAAUUUUCAAUCUUCACAAAUGUUUGAUCCAAAAAAGUAUACGCAAUAAUUCACUAGGCUUUAUUUUAUUUUUUGUUUAGAAAAAUAAAAAAAGAGAAAAAUUUCAUGAAUAAAUUAUUUUGCAAAAUUUUUGUUUCCAGUCUUGUUGAUCUCAUUCACCUCGGUAUUCUUUUUUUUUGAUUUUAUUUUUGUUGCUUUCUAUCACUUAG